UCCAAUGGCGGUGGUAUGGCUGCAUGGUCACAUAGCUCCAGCAUGCAUGGGGCCAUGGCCAUGCGGGCACUCGCGGGCUCAUUCAACCGGGAGUUCGCUGGUGCAGAGGUGUGGAGAGAGAGCUUGGCAGCAGCAGUAGCGAUGGCGUCGAACCAGCAUGGACUUGCGUCUCUUUCCUCUGCUAAACCACAAUCCAGCGCCGGAGCUACUACUACGGCGCAGCAGAGUUUCCAGCAAGGGAAGCACCAGAUGCAAGGGCAAGGACAGAUGAACUCGCACAUGCAGCACCAACAGCUGCAGAUGUUUUGGCAGCAGCAAAACCAAGAAAUGGAGCAGUUAAAUGAGAAAUCCAGCAAGUCGGAGCUGCUCAUGACACAUCUUACAGAAUUCAAGAACCACCAGCUGCCGUUAGCACGCAUCAAGAAAAUUAUGAAGUCAGAUGAAGAUGUGAAGAUGAUUGCAGCUGAGGCUCCAGUUCUGUUCGCGAAGGCAUGUGAGAUGUUUAUUUUAGAGUUGACUUUGCGGUCAUGGAUUCACACAGAAGAGAAUAAGAGGCGUACACUACAGAGAAAUGAUAUCGCUGGAGCCAUAACCAGGGGUGAUAUCUUUGAUUUUCUCGUGGAUAUUGUUCCUCGCGAUGAGCUCAAGGAAGAGGAGACAGCAGUACCUUGGUCUGGAGGUGGAGGGGAGCAGGUUCAGUAUGGAGGCAUGUUUUACCCUUCAAUGCCACCACAAUCCGUGCAUUAUCCUAUGGGGGCUCCUGAUGUGAUGGUGGUACAGUCUACAAUGCCUUCUAAUCAGCCAUCACUGUAUGCAGCGAAUCAGCAAGGAGACAUGCAGUAGCAUCCAUGGACUAUUGGGAGGAGAAAAAUAAGUAGUCCUGGUAGGAAAAUGUGUAAAAUCCCUUUUCAUUUGUUCUUUUGGAAACGGUGGUUUGCAAGGGAAGGUAGCAUGCUGCAAACUAAUGGAUGAAUUAGCCAUCGAUGCAGGUUAUCUUCCUACACAACUAGGGAGUUACACUGUAUUAAGAUGCCCUCUGUAUAUUGGCUUCACACCAUUUUUUCCUUUUUGUGUACAUGUCCACUUUACCCGUCCCAGGCUCUGGGUAAUGAGGUUGUACACUAGACUGAAGGUAACAAUAGGAGGUUACAUUGUAGACAAGUUCAUUCCAGUCGUGUACUGAGAAAGUCUUGUUAUGAAAUUAUUAUCUUUCCCUUAGUGUUGAAUAGUUCUCCAACGUAUGGAUUACAUUAUCAUCAGUAGACAGUACAUGGAAUGACUUAGAUUCUGAGAUUUAAAAUAUCCAAUUGUUAAUUUUCAUGAGCAGAUGGAAUUAAUAUGAUGGACUGAAAAGAUUCAGAUUCUCUCAAAGUUACUGGGAACAUUACUAUCCA